UUGUAUAAUAUAAUUUCUCCCUGCUCUAGAGGAAAAACACUGAAAAAUGUUGCUUUGCCCGACCGACAUCGUUUUUCUGUGUCAUAAGCACAGUGCUGUCCCCUUAAAGAGAGAGACAAAGCCGUAGCCAUCUUACACUGACGUCCACCCCGCCUCUUCAACAACUCUCGCAUACGCAUAUCCUAUUUUCCUUCGAGGGACAAAGCCGUAGCCAUCUUACACUGACGUCCACCCCGCCUCUUCAACAACUCUCGCAUACGCAUAUCCUAUUUUCCUUCGAGGGACAAAGCCGUAGCCAUCUUACACUGACGUCCACCCCGCCUCUUCAACAACUCUCGCAUACGCAUAUCCUAUUUUCCUUCGCUUUCUCGUGUUAAACCAUUUUCUGGGAAAAUCUGCUUUAUUUUUCUUUUCAGAUAAAGACUUAUUUCUUUGUUACAGAAAUACAUUGGUACAAAUUUUCUCAUUAACCGAUCCGUGGAAAAUAUCUCUGCUUCCACAUGGCUCCCCCAAAGAAAUUGAAGAAAAGCAAAAAGACUUCAAAGAAAUUGAAGAAGAAACAGAAAAACAAAAGCAAAAGUGUGAGUGUAGCUCCCAUCGAUCCCAAAGCCACUGAUUCCGAUUGGUGGGACAGUUUCUGGCGCAAGAAUUCUUCAUCCACAGAUGCUUCAGUACCAUCCGACGAGGAAGAAGCAUUCAAGUAUUUCUUCAGGGUCUCAAAGAAGACUUUUGAAUACAUUUGUUCUCUUGUAAGGGAAGAUCUUAUCUCAAGACCACCAUCAGGGCUCAUCAACAUUGAGGGAAGACUUCUUAGUGUGGAGAAACAGGUGGCUAUUGCUUUAAGAAGGUUGGCAUCAGGUGAGUCUCAAGUCUCAGUUGGGGCUGCCUUUGGAGUUGGCCAGUCUACUGUGUCUCAGGUGACUUGGAGAUUUAUUGAAGCAUUGGAAGAAAGGGCUAAGCACCACCUUAAGUGGCCUGAUUCGAGUAGAAUAGAGAGCAUUAAGUCCAAAUUUGAAGAAUUGUUUGGGUUGCCAAAUUGCUGUGGAGCCAUUGAUGCAACACAUAUCAUUAUGACCCUUCCAGCAGUGGAAACCUCAGAUGAUUGGUGUGACCAGGAGAACAACUACAGUAUGUUCUUGCAGGGAAUUGUUGACCAUGAGAUGAGAUUUCUUAAUAUUGUUACAGGUUGGCCUGGGGGCAUGACGGUGUCCAGAUUAUUGAAGUGUUCUGGGUUUUUUAAACUCUGUGAGAACGGAGAAUGGUUGAAUGGAAAUCCAAGAAAAUUAUCUGAAGGAGUUGAGAUCAGAGAAUAUGUUGUUGGUGGAGCUAGUUAUCCUCUGCUACCAUGGCUCAUAACUCCUGAUGGAAGCGAUGAACGCUCAGAUUCAUGGUCCACUUUCAAUACAAUACAUGAGGAAGCAAGGAUGCUUGCAGUGAAGUCAUUCUUGCAGUUAAAGGGCAGCUGGAGAAUCCUUAACAAGGUUAUGUGGAGACCAGAUAAAAGGAAACUACCAAGUAUCAUCUUGGUAUGUUGUUUACUUCACAAUAUUAUAAUCGACAAUGGAGAUCAGCUGCAUCCUGAUGUUGCUUUGUCUGGUCAUCAUGAUUCUGGUUAUGGAGAAGAACUCUGUAAGCAAGUUGAUCCAUUGGGAAGAACCUUGAGAGAGAAUGUAGCAGAAUACUUGCAGCAUAUCAAAGAAAAAUCCUUAUCCAAGUAGUCAAAUUUAUAUCUUUGGUUCCAGAAUCUAGAACAGAGAUUAUUUUUGUAGCUCCAAUAUUGGGCACAGUUAAAAAUUGAGUCUCCUAGUGAGGUGUGAUGUAAAUUUCUUUUGUUUGUGAGAGCAAUGGCAACCUGUGAACGUCCGCAUA